GUGGAGUUGGCUCAGGAUCACACCUCUCCCUUCUGUGCCUUAGUAUAGAAGAACGAAUUUGGCCCUAAGGAAAGUACAUUUUAAAAAGAACACAGGAAAAGCACUGAUUUACAGGUUGUAUCCUUCCACUGGGGCACAGCUGCAGUCUGCACCUGGUUAUGAAACCGGAGAGAGGUGCGUGAAGCUGUAUGUGGCUUGCAGAAUGCCCCAGCUCUCAGCUGGAGAGUGAGAGCCUGUUCUCCCCGCAGUUAGCCCAGCAGUCCCUUCUGUUUUCACUUCCUGUACUAACCAUAAUUCAUUUUCUUCUGCAGUAGUUUACAGAUGAGAGGCACGGUCUCCCCCUCUCUCCCCACCUCCUUUCCAGCCAUGUGACUGAGCACUCCCUGCACCAAGUGAAACUUUCCAGCCCCCAGGAAACCUUGAUCUCCUUUCCAUUUGCUCCACAGCAAGAAGCAGCGUCUCUCAAACCUGCUGGCCAUGGGGAGGAGCAAAUGGCAAUUCAUCUUGCUAGCCUUCACCUGUGCAUUUUCCUCCUGCUUUGCUGAAGUGGCCUUAGGGGUGAAGGUGUCUCCAGAAACAGUAUCCUUCCCACAUACAGCUACUUCUCAGCCACACCCCCGUCAUCAUUCGUCAUCCCAUCAAGGUACCACAGUUCGUUUUAACAGCGCAGGCUCUCUUAAAACAACAUCCAUGAGCCAUAGAACAACUGUGCAAUCAACAGACCAGCGCCAGGUAACAACAGCACCAGGCCAUCACACGACAGACCAGGCAGCAGCCACCACCACUCAAGUGAUCAGCCAGAAAUCUCCCAUGGUGGUAUCCACAAUAUCAGCAGACAACACAACUGCAGCUGGUCAGACUACAACCCAGGCAAUGGAAACGGUUACACUUGUGAAGAAUGCAACCACACACCCUGUGUCCUCCACCAAGCAAGACAGAGCAUGUGUGAGCGCAGAAAUAACAGCAGCAGCCACAAACACAACCAUAAAACAUACAACACCAAAUACACAAAUGACAGCUAUUGCCAUAAAUACUACAGCAGCCACCAUGCAAACUGUAAAGCCCACCACAGGAUCUGGAAAUCAAACAACGCUACCUGAAAGUUCAAUAGCCCCAGCCAUGACAAAUGCAACAACCAUUCAUCCAGGGACUCGAACAGCCAUCCCAUCUACUAUGAUGACAACAAGACCCACUCUUGCACCUCAGCCUUCUCCCAUCCCCACUGGUAUAUACACCAUUUCCAGUGGGAACAGGACCUGCAUCAAAGCAGUCAUGGGUUUGCAGCUGAUGGCUCAAAAUGCACAGAAGAAGCAGAUGGAGUACAUGACUGUCAUCCCCAAUGUGACACAGACAUUUGGAAGCUGUGGAAUGGUGCAGUCUGAACUGAACAUAACUUUCAGUGGAGGGUUUGUAAACUUCACCUUUGUAAAGCAAGCUCCAAGCUACUAUGUCAGUAAAAUUGAGACCAGGUUACAGUCAUCUUCUGAAGGUAUGCUUUACUAUGGAGCUAUACAAGAGAAGAUGUUUACAACAAAGCUGGGGAAUUCCUUUAAGUGUGCCAGCAAGCAAACCUUCAAUUUGGAGAAGAACUUCCAGCUACUCUUUGUUAAUAUGCAGCUGCAGGCGUUUGAUAUUGUUGGUAACCAGUUUGGAAAAGAAGAAGAAUGUUUUCCUGAUAAAAACAGCAAAGUGGCUCCCAUCGCAGUGGGCCUGAGUAUCCUGGGAUUGUUAGUCAUCGUGUUUGCCACUUUCCUGAUUUCCAGAAGAAAGCCACAAAGAGGAUAUGAACGUAUUUGAGGUGCACUUGUGCUUCCAAAUGUGCACAGCAAGUAGAGAAGUCACAGGAGUUUUAGCUUCUACCUAGCAAUCUCACUACCCUGAAGCCACAUUUUUAAGUGAUUUUAAGGGAUGACACCAUGUCUUUAAAGCUAAUAUUUCUGGAAAUGAUUUCUUUAAGGUGGGAAGGAGAGAACUCACACCAUCUACUUUAGGCUAUUCUUAUCAUCUAAUUCAGUUGUAGUUCAGAGGACCAAAGUGAGGAUCUUAAAUUCUUUAUAUUAUCAACAAAGUAGGCAGUUCAUACAAUCCAAGUCAGAUGCAAAAAAAUAGCUUAAAGCAAGCAGUAUCACUAUUCCCCAGAAAAUCCAUCAGGUUUGUUAGAGAUAGCAUUUAGAUUUAUUAAAAUAGAUGUCUCCAGUAACACAACCUUCAAGUGACUAAACCAGAGAUCCACAGCUACAGACAACUUUGUUGAAUAAGAGCUCAGUGAAAGCCUUGUGGGAACACUGUAUGCUGAAGUCUCAAGGCAAGCGUGUGACUUCCAUUUGCAAGUUCUCACCAGUCUUGUAUGUAACAGGGUUACAUUUUGAAAGUCCUUGUUUUUCCUAUUAAGCCCUUGACAAGGACAGAGCACUAAUAUGUGAUUCUUAGUCUGGAGGCAGUGUUUUUAGGAAAAAAAAAAUCUAGUUUGCAAUGACUGUGGAUGCAAGUAAGAGAUUACCCAGCUGAGGUCAUACAGGGGCUGCCUGACCAGUAUGUGCCUAAAUUAUCACUUCUCAUUGCUUGUCUCAGCACUGCUACAAAAAUGUCUGAACUUCUUGUCAAUAAUUCCUGAGCUGCAGCCUCAGAAAGCACAGCACAUUAGAGCAAUCUGACAAUGGUAAAUUUAUCCUGAAAUGUUCUCCUGCAAACUGCACAAUUCAGGAGCUGAUUGACAAGCAGCUGAGGUAUGCAGCAGAACUGGGCAGGAGUUUGGAGGCAGAAACUGCAUCCGUCUUGCCACAUCAGGCCAAGUUGCCCUGCUUGUCAAUUGGUGUUCAAGGCACAGCCUCCCUUUGCAACAUGUUUGCCAUACAAUGUGGAGAAAACUAACAUGAGGGUCUGAAAACACUGUGACACAUGGGCUGAUGAUUUUGCAUGAUAAAUUCAAAGAGCUUAAUAUUUUGUGGUCUUGUGAGAGCUCAUAAAUCACCCCCUUUCACCUAUUCAAAGAUCUGAUUCAGUGCCUGCCACUGAACUUUGUAACUCCCUCUACUGAGACAGCAGCACUGUGAUCUCUCUUAAUCCCGGAAGAUACUAUGGUCACUGAAAAUGCCAGGGAUUAAGUGGCCACAAUUGCAGUAGAUCUGCACAAGGUCCAUGAACAAAUAGAAAUCCACUAUGAUGUGGUAUGAUCAAGGCUUCUGUGGGAAAUAAAAGCAUGCACAAGCCUUGGACAAACUCUGCCCAACGUGAAUGCUACUCAGCAUCCUUACAUCUGAGGAGCUGGAUUUUCAUAUGGAAAUAAUUUGGAGCUGUUUUAAAGAACACUAAUUGAUACACUCUGUAGUCUAUUUCCUGCUAAGCAAGUGAUAAAGGCAUCACACUUGCUUUUGCAACCAAGUUCAGCUGAUGCUCUUUGCUGUAACAAGGAAAAAUCUCCUUGUCACAAAACAUUUACAAAGCUAAACGUAUGCACAAAUGUGCACAAGGACACACAUGUGCAUGCACCACACAAUCUGUUCACUGCAGAACAUCAAAAUUAUAAGAAAUCAUAUCUGAAAAUUUGCCAAAAGAGAAAAUAAUAUUAAAUAAGAGCACACCUUCCCCUUAGGAGUCAGGGUAAUGGCUUAAACUUUACCAGUUAAAGUUUUGCUUGGAAAAGGACUGUGGAAUGGCAUCCAUUAAAAAAAAGACAGACUGAAGUAAUCUGAAAAAAAAUCCUUGUUGACAGUUGAAUCUGGAUCUAAACAAAGUAGAAAUGCUGGGAACUGUUUAAUUUGCACAAAUAAUGACCCACAUCCUGACCAGUUAUUAAUAGUGGUGGAACCUCACUGGAUUUUCACUGGGUUAAACUGAUGAUGAUAUCUUGUGAGUUUAAUUUCCCUUAAAUAUUUUUAAAAUAGUUUUGAGAUUUUACUAGUGUUUAAUCAUUGAGAGUUUACCUAUUUAAAUUAAGAAAAAAAAAGAAAUCUGUCCAUUCCGUCAAUUACUAAAAGAUGCUGAUCUCCUUCAAGCAGGAAACAUGGUCAUGCUGUUUCAUAAUUGACAGAAUAUGUAGCUGUGGAAGUAAUUAUGUCUCCAGAAAUGGUCUCUUUGAGUCUGAACAAACUGAUAAGUAAGAAAGAUAAAGACAAUUUUGAAGCAUUUCUGCACAGAACCAGCUGUGAGCAAGGGAGGCAGUUGAAUAUGAUGAUGGGGUAAAGUAGAACAAGAAACAGAAUACUGAACUUUCAAGCCUUUAAUACAGAUACAGUGAUUUGAACUGUAUUCAGCCAAAUACUCAACCUUAAAUUUGAGUAUUUCAAUUAUUGUUUUGUAAAAGGCUCCAGCACUUUUAAUAUUGCUCAGUGAACUUUACCUAGCUUAUUUUCACUCUUCGUCCUUCAUCCCCUGUUAGUGGGCAAGCAGCCCACUGAACUCAGUGGCAUGGUUCAGGCCCUGGGCUGAAU